AUGUGGCUGCCUAACAAUCAUGUUGACAAGAAGGAAGGAGGGAAUGGGAUUGUGGCACUGGCCAUAGACAAGGACAAAAACAGCCAGAGUGCACUCAAAUGGUGUAUAGACAGUCUUGUCAAACAAGGCCAAACAGUCCUUCUCAUCCAUGUCAAGAUCAAACCUCCUGUGUUUUCCCAAUCACCUUCUCUUUCCAACCCAAGAAGUAACCCAAAUUGGGACCAACAUUUGGUAUGCAAAGACCCUGAUCCCCAAACCAAGGAAUUGUUCCUUCCUUUUCGUGUUUACUGUACACGUAAAAAUAUACAAUGCAAAGACAUUGUACUAGAAGACUCUGAUGUAGCAAAAGCAUUGAACGAGUAUGUUACUCAAUCUGCAAUCGAGCAUUUGGUUGUUGGUGCCUCAGCAAAAACUGGCUUUCUCAGAUUCAAAAUCUCAGAUGUUCCAGGAAACGUAUCAAAGGGGGCACCAGAUUUUUGUAAUGUAUAUGUUGUAUCCAAGGGAAAAAUUCAAUCAAGGAGGUCUGCCUCACGUCCUGCCCCAUCCAUCUCACCCAUACGAGCCCCAGUUCGUAGCCAUACCCCAAGCGCAAAGUCAGAGCCUUAUGUCUUCCCUCCGUCUGGCAUGAAAGGACAUGAAAAGCCACCAGAACCACACCGUAAAUCCCAUGAUGAAAUGGAAAACUUCAGGUCUCCAUUCACUAGGAAAGGGCCAAAUGGGAAGUCCUAUGCAGAUCUCCCUAUGCCAGACACAGACAUAUCUUAUGUUAGCUCUGGAAGGCCAAGCAUUGACCGUAUAUUCCCUGCAUUCUAUGACAACCUAGAUUCAGGAAGAAUCACCCCGCCACGAAUGUCAAACAGCACAGAAAUAGACUUGAACCACAGCUUUGAGUCUAUGCAGUACUUUGGACGGAGAUCCUUGGAUGUCAGCUCCUCUCCACCUACAUUCUCUUCUGUCUCUCAGGAUAGUGAUCGAUUAUCCUCUGCAUCACAGAUGGAAGAUGUGGAGGCUGAAAUGAGGAGGCUAAAGCUGGAGCUCAAGCAAACUAUGGAAAUGUAUAGCACCGCCUGUAAAGAGGCACUCACGGCGAAGCAAAAGGCAGUAGAACUCCAGCGCUGGAAAUUAGAAGAAGAAAGAAGAUUGGAAGAGGCGCAUCUAGCUGAGGAAGCUGCAAUGGCUAUUGUUGAAAAGGAGAGAGCUAAGUCCAGAGCAGCCAUUGAGGCUGCUGAAGCAGCUAAGAGGAUUGCAGAACUGGAAGCACAAAAAAGAAUCAAUGCAGAAAUGAAGGCACUCAAAGAAUCAGAAGAGAAGAGAAAGGCACUUAAUGCUCUGCAACAUUCGGAUGUCAGGUAUAGGAAGUACACAAUUGAUGAGAUUGAGGCUGCCACAGAGUUCUUUGCAGAAUCUCGGAAGAUUGGAGAAGGGGGUUAUGGUCCUGUAUAUAGGUGUUAUCUAGACCAUACACCUGUUGCAAUUAAAGUUCUACGCCCUGAUGCUGCUCAAGGAAGAUCACAGUUUAACCAAGAGGUUGAAGUACUGAGCUCUAUACGGCAUCCGAACAUGGUUCUCCUCCUGGGAGCAUGUCCUGAGUAUGGAUGCCUAGUUUACGAGUACAUGGCUAACGGGAGCUUGGAAGAUUGUCUCCUUCGUAGAGGAAACUCUCCACCUCUCUCUUGGCAACUUAGGUUUAGGAUUGCAGCUGAAAUCGGCACAGGCUUGCUUUUCCUCCACCAGGCUAAACCAGAGCCACUUGUGCACCGUGACUUAAAACCUGGCAACAUCUUGAUUGACAGGAACUUUGUGAGCAAGAUCAGUGAUGUUGGGUUGGCCAGGCUUGUGCCCCCAGCUGUUGCUGACAAUGUGACACAAUAUCGAAUGACAUCCACAGCCGGCACGUUCUGCUACAUAGAUCCUGAGUAUCAGCAAACAGGCAUGCUUGGUGUGAAGUCUGAUGUUUACUCACUUGGGAUAAUGUUUCUACAAAUGAUCACAGCUAAGCCAGCAAUGGGAUUGACUCAUCAUGUCGAAAGGGCUAUUGAGAAGGGGACUUUCAAGGACAUGUUGGAUCCAUCUGUGCCAGAUUGGCCAGUUGAAGAAGCCAUGAAGUUUGCCAAACUUGCUCUCCAGUGUUCGGAGUUAAGGCGAAAAGACAGACCAGACCUUGGCAAGGUUAUCCUGCCGGAACUUAACAGAUUGAAAGGGAUUGCUGAAGACACAAUGCACCAUACACUAAUAGCUGGUGAUAGCCCUUCAUCUCGGCACAGCCAAGUUUCAAUGCAGCUAGAGGGGGGUGAACCAGAGUCACAUUCUGCCGCGAGCUAG